AUGACUGAAUCCUUUUUUUCGGACUUUGGCUUGUUGUGGUACCUGGAGGAGCUCAAAAAGGAAGAAUUCUGGAAAUUUAAGGAGCUCCUCAAACAAGAACCUCUGCAACUUGGCCUCAAGCCAAUCCCAUGGACUGAGUUAAAGAAAGCUUCCAGAGAAGAUCUAGCAAAGUUGUUGGACAAGCAUUACCCAGGAAAGCAGGCAUGGGAUGUGAUGCUGAACCUAUUUCUACAGAUCAAUCGGCAUGACCUCUGGACAAAGGCUCAGGAGGAGAUCAGAAAUAAACCAAGCCCAUACAGAAAUCACAUGAAGGAAAAGUUCCGUCUCAUAUGGGAAAAGGAAACCUGCCUUCCAGUUCCCAACGACUACUACAAAGAAACCAUAAAACAUGAGUAUGAAAACCUGCAUGCUGCAUACAGAGCCAGCCAGGCAGAAGAGUCCUCACCCACUGUGAUCUUGCAAGGUCCAGAAGGAAUCGGAAAAACAACACUUUUGAGGAAAGUGAUGCUGGAAUGGGCAGAGGGGAACCUAUGGAAGGACAGGUUCACAUUUAUCUUCUUUCUCAAUGGCUGUGAAAUGAACAUGAUUAUAGAGACCAGCUUGGUGGAGCUCAUCUCCAGGGACCUGCCUCUCUCUUCAGAGCCAGUCGAGGACAUCUUGUCUCAGCCGGAGAGGAUCCUGUUCAUCAUGGAUGGCUUUGAGGAACUGAAGUUUGACUUAGAGCUUUUGACUCCCUUGUGCAAUGACCAGAGGCAGCGACAGCCAAUGCAGAUUAUCCUGAGCAGUUUGCUGCAGAGAAAAAUGCUUCCAGAGUCUUCUUUGCUUAUCUCAUUGGGAACAGGGAGUAUGAGAAAAAAUUACUGCUUAUUGCAGCAUCCAAAAUACAUAACCCUCCCGGGAUUCUCUGAACAUGAAAGGAAACUGUAUUUCUACCAUUUCUUCCGUGAGAGGAAUAAAGCCCUGAAAGCCUUCAGUUUUGUGAGGGGCAAUAUCCCAUUGUUUGUCUUCUGUCAUAACCCCCUUGUUUGCUGGCUGGUCUGUACUUGUAUGAAAUGGCAGCUGGAAAAAGGAGAAGAUCUUGAGAUUGUGUCUGAAAGCACCACUUCUUUGUAUACAUCCUUUUUUAUUAGUGUAUUCCAAUCAAGAAAUGAGACCUGUCCACCUAAGCACAGCAGAACCCGACUGAAAGGCCUGUGUACCUUGGCUGCAAUGGGAAUAUGGACUCGCAUGUUUGUGUUUUGCCAUGAAGACGUCAGGAGGAAUGGCAUAUCUGAGUCUGAUACCUUGAUGUGGAUGGGCAUGAGAAUCCUUCAAAGGAGUGGUGAAUACUUUACCUUCACACAUAUGUGCCUCCAGGAGUUUUGUGCUGCCAUGUUCUAUGUGCUCAAACAGCCCAAGGACAGUCCUAACCCGGCCAUUGGAAGUGUGACCCAGCUUGUAACAGCAGGUGUAAGUCAGGUCCAGAGCCCAUUGUCUCGGAUGAUAACAUUCUUGUUUGCGUUUUCAACUGAAAAAAUAACCAACCUGUUGGAGACAUCCUUUGGUUUUCUCUUGUCCAAAGAGCUAAAGCAGGAAAUAACCCAAUGCCUUAAAAGUUUAAGUCAGUGUGACCCCAGUCAGGUGGCGGUGAAUUUCCAGGAAUUGUUCAGUGGUUUGUUUGAGACCCAUGAAAAAGGAUUUGUAGCACAAGUGAUGGAUUUCUUUGAGGAAGUUAAUAUUUAUAUAGGUAACACAGAAGACUUGGUGAUAUCUGCAUUCUGCCUAAAACACUGCCAAAAUUUGCGGACACUUCACCUGUGUAUAGAAAAUGUCUUUUCAGAUGACUCUGGAUCCAUCAUAAAUGAGAAGCUUUCCUUUUGGCAAGACUUUUGCUCUGUGUUCACCACCAACGAGAACUUCCAGAUGUUAGAUUUGGACAACUGUAAGUUCAGUGAGGCCUCCCUGGCGAUUCUCUGUAAAGCUCUGGCUCAGCCCGUUUGUAAACUCCAAAAGUUUGUGUAUAAUUUUGCUUCUGACUUUGGAAGUAGCCCAACCUUGCAUAAGGCCAUUCUUCAUAACCCUCAUCUAAAACACCUGAACCUGCAUGGCUCUAGUCUCUCCCACGUGGAUGUCAGACAGCUGUGUGAGAUGCUGAAGCACCCGACAUGCAGCAUAGAAGAGCUGAUGUUGGGAAUGUGUGACAUCACAGCAGAAGCUUGUGAAGAAAUUGCCUCUGUCCUUGUCUGCAACAAGAAGCUGAAGCUUCUCUCUCUGGCAGAAAACCCCCUGAGGAAUGAAGGCAUGCUGAUGCUGUGUGACGCCCUGAAGCACCCAGACUGUGUGCUGGAGACAUUGCUGCUGAUGUGCUGCUGCCUCACCUCUGUGGCCUGUGACUACAUCUCCCAAGCCCUUUUGUGCAACAAAUCCCUGUCCCUUCUUGAUCUGGAGUCAAAUUUCCUGAAAGAUGAUGGAGUGGCAUCUCUUUGUGAGGCACUUAAGCACCCAAAUUGCCACAUCGAGCAGUUGUGGUUGGCAGAUUGUUCCCUCACUUCUCUUUGUUGUAAGAACCUCUCUGAUGUUCUUGUUUGCAAUGAAAAACUAAAGAUCCUGAAACUAGGGAGCAAUGACAUACAAGAUGCUGGUGUCAAGCAGUUAUGUGAAGCUCUGAAGCAUCCAGACUGUAAAGUAGAGCAUCUUGGGCUGGAUAUGUGUCAGCUCAUUACUGCCUGUUGUGAGGCGCUGGCCUUGGCUCUCACUGUCUGCAAGUCACUGAAGAGCUUGAAUUUGCACUGGAUUAGUUUGGACCGUGAUGGGGCGGUGGUGCUGUGCGAAGCCCUGAAACACCUGGACUGUGCCCUGCAGCAGCUUGGGUUGGACAAAUCUGUUUUUGAUAAGGAGAUUCAGAUGCUGCUCACAGCUGUGGAAGAGAAAAACCCCCACCUGACCAUUUCCCAUCUACUCUGGAUCAACAAAGAGUACAGGAUCAGGGGUGUGCUUACCUGA